AUGGCGGAGUUGAAGUACCUCUCUGGAUUUGGGAACGAGUGUGCUUCAGAGGAUCCUCGCUGUCCAGGCUCCUUGCCAGAAGGACAGAACAAUCCUCAGACAUGCCCUUACAACCUGUAUGCUGAGCAGCUCUCAGGAUCAGCUUUCACCUGUCCACGGAGUACCAAUAAGAGAAGCUGGCUGUACAGGAUUCUACCUUCAGUUGCUCACAAGCCCUUUGAAUCCAUUGACCAAGGCCAUGUCACUCACAACUGGGAUGAAGUUGAUCCUGAUCCUAACCAGCUUAGAUGGAAGCCAUUUGAGAUUCCAAAAGUAUCUCAGAAGAAAGCGGACUUUGUGAGUGGCCUGCACACCUUGUGUGGAGCUGGAGACAUCAGGUCUAACAAUGGGCUUGCUAUCCACAUUUUCCUCUGCAACACCUCCAUGGGGAACAGAUGCUUUUACAAUUCAGAUGGGGAUUUCUUGAUUGUCCCCCAGAAAGGAAAACUUCUCAUUUACACGGAGUUCGGCAAGAUGCUUGUCCAGCCCAACGAGAUCUGCGUCAUUCAGAGAGGAAUGCGCUUCAGUGUAGAUGUCUUCGAGGAGACCAGGGGCUAUAUCCUGGAAGUCUACGGUGUCCACUUUGAGUUACCUGACCUGGGACCCAUUGGCGCUAAUGGCUUAGCCAAUCCUCGUGACUUCUUGAUACCUGUUGCCUGGUAUGAAGAUCGCCAAGUGCCAGGUGGCUACACAGUGAUUAAUAAAUACCAGGGCAAGCUGUUUGCUGCCAAACAGAAUGUCUCCCCAUUCAAUGUUGUGGCCUGGCAUGGGAACUAUACACCCUACAAGUACAACCUGGAGAAUUUCAUGGUCAUCAACUCAGUGGCCUUUGAUCACGCAGAUCCAUCCAUUUUCACAGUGCUGACUGCCAAGUCUCUCCGCCCUGGAGUGGCCAUCGCUGACUUUGUGAUUUUCCCACCUCGGUGGGGGGUCGCAGAAAAGACCUUCAGGCCUCCUUAUUACCACAGGAACUGCAUGAGUGAAUUCAUGGGACUCAUCAAAGGUCACUACGAGGCAAAGCAAGGUGGAUUUCUGCCAGGGGGAGGCAGCCUGCACAGUGCCAUGACGCCCCACGGGCCUGAUGCAGACUGCUUCGAGAAGGCCAGCAAAGCCAAGCUGGCACCGGAGAGGAUUGCAGAUGGCACCAUGGCAUUUAUGUUUGAAUCGUCUCUGAGUCUGGCUGUCACCAAGUGGGGACUCAAGACCUCCAGUUUGGACGAGAACUACUACAAGUGCUGGGAGCCUCUCAAAAGCCACUUUACCCCCAACUCCAGGAACCCAGCAGGAUUGAAUUGAGCUUAGAGUGUUCUACCAUAAUUGAGAGUGGAUGUGUGCAGUUUUCUUGAGAAUCUCAUGCCCUCUGGUAGUUUUAGGGGAAGGAGUUAGUUAAAAUGAGAAUUCACUUUUCAUGGUCUAGUAUUGUAGAACCUUUGCAGAAAGCUUGUUUGGAAAAAAUCCUUGGUUGUUAGCUAAAUUACUUAAUAAAUACAUGCAAGUGUUCUGUG